AUGCCGAAGUACAAACUCAUCUUCUUCACACCACGGCCGUCGACGCAAGCCAUCUUACAACACCUCUUCAAGCGCUUCCCGAACCACGUCGGUAGAAUCGGCGCGUACGGCGGGUGUGCCUUCGUAACUCCCGGCAACGGCCAAUUCACUCCGCUCGAAGGAGCGAACCCCACCAUCGGCGCGGUAGGCAAGCCCGAGUUCGUCGAGGAGGACCGUGUGGAAGUGCUCGUCCUCGGGAGCCGCCCUCAGGAAGGCGCCGAAUCCAAAUCCGCUUCCUCCGACUCGGAUGCGGGGGUGGGGAUGAACGCCGUCUUGCAGGAGUUGAAGAAGGUCCAUCCUUACGAAGAGGUCGCGUACGAUGUGUACCGGCUCGAGGAGUUUUAG